AUGAAACUGACAAAUUUGACAGAAGAGUUCCAGAAUUUUUCUACCGAUUGCACUAAUUCAACCUCAGUCGACGUCAAUCAUCAUGGACUCAUGUUCAGAAUUUCAGCUUGUGCAGUGAUUAUAUUGAUAGCUUCGGCAGCGUUUAUUGGUAAUCUUGCUGUUAUUAUCGUUUCAUACAGGGAGGAAAAACUGCGCCAUCAGACUGGUAAUUUUCUUAUUGUCAUCCUAUCAAGCAUUGACGUCCUGACUUCAAUAUUUGUUAUAUUUCCUUCUGCUGUCGCUAUGGCUGCGGAUUUCUGGCCUUUUGGCAUAAUUAAUUGCCGACUAAGUGCUAUGUUCAAUUAUGUGUGUGCCUGCUCUUCAUCACAUACUGCUUCAAUGAUAAGUUUUGACAGAGCAUUAGCUGUUUUCUAUCCUCUAAAAUACCAAGCUAUUAUGACUAAAAAAUUUAUGACUGGCAUUGUUACCUGGUUAUUAAGUAAUAGUGUUUUUUUAUUGCUGCUUGUUGUGUUUUUUGUGUUAUACACAGUCUCGUAUAAUUACAAUGAGGCUGUGUGUGCAG